AAACUGUAGUUUUUCGACACGUAUGUUUUGCAAGCCUCUUGUCAGUUAAACUUCUUGUGUCGGCUGUUGAUGUUUCGUUUUGGUGGUAGAAUGGCUGAUGUUAUACCCAAUAUUAUGUAUCAAGCAACAGAAAAUGUUAAUCAAACAAAUAUAAAUGGAACUGGAAAACAUCCCAGUACACCAGAAGGAAUGGCAGUUGCAUAUGGAAGUUUAGUUAUUAUGGCUUUAUUGCCCAUAUUUUUUGGUUCUUAUCGUUCAAUUACUUACCAUAAGGAAAAGAAACCAGAAACAAUGUCUAAAAAAGAUGCUGCAAUGUUUCCAAUUAUGGCAUCUUUGGCACUAUUUGGCCUUUAUAUAGUUUUCAAGUUAUUUUCGAAGGAGUAUAUUAAUUUAUUGUUAACUGGCUAUUUCUUUUUCUUGGGAAUACUGUCAUUAACACAUAUUCUUAGUCCAAUUGUUAGUAAAUUAGUCCCGGCUUCAUUACCCAAUGUCCACUACCAAUUAAUCUUUCGACAAGGUCGGGGUGAACCAAAUGAAGAUAUAAUAGACUACAAAUUCACCUCUUAUGACAUUGUCGCUCUUGUCUGCUGUUCAUUUGUAGGUGCUUGGUAUCUGUUUCAAAAGCAUUGGGUUGCUAACAACCUGUUUGGUUUAGCAUUUGCUAUUAAUGCGGUGGAACUGUUACAUUUAAAUAAUGUGAUAACCGGUUGUAUUUUACUACUUGGUCUUUUUAUUUACGAUAUAUUUUGGGUUUUUGGGACAGAUGUCAUGGUAACUGUUGCCAAAAGCUUUGAAGCCCCUAUUAAACUUGUCUUUCCGCAAGACCUCCUGACACAUGGUCUCGCUGCCAAUAAUUUUGCAAUGUUAGGACUCGGAGACAUAGUUGUUCCUGGAAUUUUUAUUGCUCUUCUGUUACGUUUCGAUCAAAGCCUAAAACGUAAAUCCAACUUGUAUUUUCAUGCAACAUUUGUAGCAUACUUUUUGGGUCUUAUGGCUACUAUUUUUGUUAUGCACAUGUUUAAACAUGCUCAACCUGCACUCUUGUACUUAGUUCCAGCCUGUUUAGGAACUCCAUUAAUUGUAGCACUUAUUAAAGGUGAUAUAAAGGCCCUAUUAAAGUAUGAAGACGCUGAUAAUCACAAGGAAGAAAAACAGGAGGAAAAGAAACAGACUGAAGCAAAGAAGGUUAAAUAAGUAAAUUGUAUGUAAUAUGUUGUGAACAAAGGUUCUCAUAAAGUCUUUCCAUUUCACCACUUCUACAGUGUAAACUACCAUACAUAAAUGGUAGUAGUUGCACAAAUUAUCGUGGAUUUUUCACGUAAAUGUUCAGAUAAAUAAAUUAUGUUUCUGUUGUUUUG